CUUGGACAGCCCUUUUUAUUCCCUUUUUUUUCAAAUUUUUUUUCAACAUUUUUGUUGUGAACAACGAAAAUACCAAGCCUCCGAUCGGAACCCUGCGUGUGACGUGGGGUUCUUGUCGGGGAGGCGGGUUGACAUUGGCUCCGAGUUGCCCAUUCAAUGUUGACUUGACUGGGAUAAGCCCUUUUUUAUUAGUGAUAUCAAAAUCGACGGGUAGCGCGUUGAAUAAACCACAGCCAGUGGCAGCUCAACAGAUAAGCAUCAAAAGUUAGUUAGGUUAGCUAGCGAGGUUUUAACCUUAGGAGCUAGCAAGGGAGUCCAAGUCCAGUAAUUCCAUCGUAUUCAUGCCGCAGAGACGGAGGCCGAUAUUUUUCACAGAACAACAGGGUCUGGACUUGAGAAGGAAGGCCCAUACAACAAGGAUUCGACCAUCUCAUUGCAACAGAGUACUCUCCCCAGAACCUUGCAAGAAGUUGCAGCAGGAUCCUUCCAUCGACUUCUCACUUGUUUUGAUCUCAGUUAUAUUAGUUGCGGGAGUUACAUUAGUUCCAGACUCAGGCUGAGCAAUUCUGCGUCAAUCUCGGAUCCAUCAGACGGCCAUAACCCAACACAGUAGUAUCCUAACGGGGACUAGUACCGAAAAGGGCAAAUAGGCGGUAACCGCAACCGGGCUAGUGCGCAGUCAUUUUAUGCAGACGGGCACGAAACCUUCCAAAGCCCUGUUACACAGCAGAUACGUCAUCGCUGCCACCUGCCACGCAUUUGCCAUGUCGCCGGGGGUAAUUUACGGCCUCGGAACGGAAUUUCACGCGUGUUCGCUAACGGGAGUUUAUGCAAGAUAUGCACAGGCCCCAAACCAGCCCAACCCCCCCGGUACCAGAUACCUCGCUCCUAGGUUAUGGACAGAGUGAGAAACAGGUCACUAGUACAAAUUUGGCGCCAGUUCGUUUGCCGAAGCGGCCAAUCACAGCCGGUGCAGAGGGACAAACGUACGCUGCGUAUGGCAAGCACGGGCGUCGGAAGUCUUCAAGCCCCGUCGUCCCCUUUUUGCUGUUUCUUAUUAGUAUUACGCAGUAUUAUUUAGUAUUAGGUCUAACUAACUAUUCUUGAAUGCGGAAUUGUGAUUGUCUCUCGGAACCCGCCCAGGCUUUGACGCCGCCCAAUCGCUGCAAACAGUCCGUCCAGACGACGACCAUGGAGAGGGUCAGCAAGCCAGCAAUCCCGCCAGGCAGCCAGAGUUGGGUUGGGUUCAUCAUUGUUUUUGUGAAGCGCCCCCGGAACUUGGAGCCCCCAGAAGCCCCUAGAAAAGCUGGAGGAGGGUUGCAAAAAGCUUGGUUCUGAUGGGAUAUUGGUAUUGAUAUUGAUAUUGCUGGCGUGCAUUUUUUUUUUCUUUUUUUUUCGCCUCCUGACUGGCACUCGCAGGUGGGGGAAAUUAUAUCGAUGGAUAUUCUGGAAAAAGGAUAAUAAUAGCUCCAUUCGCAUCUUUGAGAAUUCCUUUUUUUUUUCCUUUUUCUUUUAUUUGCAUGAAACAUUCUUUUCUUGCUUUACAAGCUGGUGAUAUUAUUAUUAAUAUUACUAUUAUCAUCAUUAAAGUCCCCCCACCAAGGCUAAAAAGAAGCCAUCAGAAGAAGCUUGUCUGUCUCGCUCUGUUUCCCUGUCUGUCUCGUAUAGCUUUGGGAAUAUUAUUAGGCCCGCUGGCGUGUGUUGGGGGUUCAUUUGAAUUUGAAUUUAAUCCUCUCUCGUGCCGUUUCAUUUAUCUCAUUUUUUUCUUUCUUUCCCCCUGUUGCCCCUCCCCCUCUGCUCCGUCCCUCUUUUCUAUCCUUCUUCCCCCCCUCGAGUCCUGAUGGUUUCUUUGUCAGGGUUUUGUCUCCAGAUAUUGUAGACAUAACAGCAAGAGAAACCGCUGGGCGGCCCUGAACCUUCCUGUCGGCGUUUUCCUCUGCUGGGUCAGACUGGCUGGAAACGAGGUCUGGACCAUCUUAGAAAUCUGGGAUUGCAAUUAUCAAUCCCUUUUUCUUCACCUCGUCGAGCUUUUAGUGCGUGAAGGCAAAGCUUAGGUACAGCAAUAAUGCACGGCGAUCCAGAGAAACAGAGUGCUGCGGUGGAGAAAUCUGGUGUCCCCGAUGCGGGCCCGGAGAGUCCACCCACAGUGACAUCAGGCGAGAAACCCCAAGAUGCCAACAACAACAACGAGAUAUCAGGUUCUGGAUCUGGAUCAACCGUGAGCAAUAACGAGGACCAUACAAAUUUCAAGAAGUUGGACUCGAAGGUGGUUGCCCCGCUGCAGGAGGGAGAUCUCGAUGCUGCUCUCGCCCAUCUCCCAGAACAUGAACAGGCAAUCCUCAAAGAACAACUCCAUAUCCCCGAUGUCAAGGUUAACUACCUCACGUUGUUCCGCUAUGCCACGAAAAUGGAUAUCAUCGUUCUCAUUAUUGCCUCAGUCGGUGCGACUGCUGGUGGUGCUGUGCUCCCACUAUUCACGAUUCUUUUUGGAGCCAUGGCUGGCACGUUCAAAGACAUUACCCUACAAACCAUCUCCGUAGACGAGUUCAAUUCCGAGAUUUCAAAAUAUGCUCUUUACUUCGUCUACCUUGGAAUUGGCAUGUUCGUCCUCAUCUAUAUCGGCACAGUUGGCUUCAUCUAUGUUGGCGAACAGAUCUCCCAGAAGAUUAGAGAAAAGUAUCUCGCCGCCAUCUUGCGCCAGAACAUCGCAUACUUCGACAAACUGGGUGCUGGCGAAAUCACCACCCGCAUUACUGCUGAUACCAAUCUGAUCCAGGACGGCAUAUCGGAGAAAGUCGGCCUGACAAUGACUGCCCUCGCGACAUUCGUGACCGCAUUCAUCAUUGGCUUCAUCAAGUUCUGGAAGUUAACGCUUAUUUGCUCUUCGACAAUUGUUGCUCUCACGGUUCUAAUGGGCUCAGCUUCCACUUUCAUCAUCGGAUAUAGUAAAAAAUCGUUGGACAGCUAUGGUGAGGGCGGAACCGUGGCAGAGGAGGUGCUCAGCUCGAUUCGAAACGCAACCGCAUUCGGUACUCAGGAGAAGCUUGCACGGCAAUACGACACUCAUCUCGUUGAGGCCCAGAAAUGGGGAGUAAAGCUGCAGGUCGUUAUUGGAUGCAUGGUUGGAGGAAUGAUGGCCAUCAUUUUCCUGAACUAUGGAUUGGGCUUCUGGAUGGGUUCGCGUUUCCUUGUCGGUGGAGAAGCCAGCCUUCAGGACAUUAUCACUAUUCUUCUGGCCAUUAUUCUGGGCUCCUUCAGCUUGGGUAAUGUGACCCCCUAUGCCCAGACGUUUACUUCAGCAAUUAGCGCAGGCGCGAAGAUCUACAGCACCAUUGACCGUGUAUCCCCGAUCGAUCCCACCUCCGACGAAGGUGAGAGACUUGACAAUGUCGAAGGUGUCGUCGAGUUCCGAAACAUCAAACAUAUCUACCCGUCCCGACCAGAGGUGGUUGUCAUGGAGGAUGUCAGUUUGGUAGUUCCUGCUGGUAAAACAACUGCACUCGUUGGCCCAUCUGGUUCCGGUAAAAGUACAGUUGUGGGCCUAAUGGAGCGAUUCUACAACCCCGUUAACGGCGCCGUUUACCUCGAUGGUCAUGAUCUGAAAACCCUCAAUCCACGUUGGCUCCGCCAACAGAUAUCCCUCGUCAGCCAGGAGCCAACGCUUUUCGGCACCACAAUCUACAUGAACAUCAAGCAGGGCCUGAUCGGUUCCAGCUUUGAGAAGGAACCCGAAGAAAAAAUUAGAGAACGUAUCGAGAAUGCCGCUAGAAUGGCCAACGCACACGAUUUCAUCACGGGGCUCCCUGAAGGCUAUGAGACUCACGUUGGAGAACGAGGUUUCCUACUCUCUGGUGGCCAGAAACAACGUAUCGCGAUUGCUCGUGCAGUGGUUAGCGACCCGAAGAUUCUUCUCUUGGACGAGGCCACUUCUGCCUUAGACACCAAGUCAGAAGGCGUUGUCCAAGCUGCAUUGGAUGCAGCGGCUGUCGGAAGAACCACAAUCGUCAUUGCCCAUCGUUUAUCUACAAUCAAGAAUGCCCACAACAUUGUUGUUCUGGUGGAGGGACGAAUUGUCGAACAAGGAACCCAUGACGAACUGGUCGACCGUGAUGGAGCUUAUCUCAGACUAGUCGAGGCACAGCGAAUUAAUGAACAGCGGGAGACCGUAGACCUAGAACAGGAAGAAGACGAGGAUGAGAUGAUAAAAUCCAAGGAGUAUACUUUUAAUCGUCAGGUUUCUGGACCCGCUCAGAGCGUGUCUUCUGGCAAGUAUCGUGGAUCUGGCGCAGAUGACGAGGAGCUGCAGCGGGCCGACACAAAGAAAUCGCUCUCGAGUUUAGCCCUGUCCAAGCGACCUGCGGAACCCGAGCAGAAGUAUAGCCUCCUAACCCUGAUCCGGUUUAUCCUCUCUUUCAACAUCCCCGAAGGCAUGUUGAUGUUCACCGGAUUCCUCGUAUCCAUCAUCUGUGGUGGUGGACAGCCCACGAUGGCGAUCUUUUUCGCCAAAGCAAUUGCCACGCUUUCCCUACCCGAACAGUUUUACGAUAAACUGAGAAGCGAUGCGAAUUUCUGGUCACUCAUGUUCCUAAUGCUUGGACUGGUGACAUUAGUGUCAUACUCUGUUCAAGGAAGCAUUUUUGCUGUUUGUUCUGAGCGGCUAAUCCACCGAGCACGACAUGAGGCCUUCCGUGCAAUGCUUCGACAAGAUAUUGUCUUUUUCGAUCGCGAGGAGAACAGCACCGGUGCUCUGACCUCUUUCCUAUCCACCGAAACCAAGCAUCUCUCUGGAGUCAGUGGAGUGACCCUUGGCACCAUCCUCCUUGUCACCACUACUCUCACUGCAUCAUGUAUCGUAGCGCUAGUAAUAGGCUGGAAACUUGCUCUGGUCUGCAUCGCAACCAUUCCUGUUCUUCUAGGCUGCGGAUACUACCGAUUUUACAUCCUGGCUGUCUUCCAAACUCGAUCCCAAAAGGUCUACCAGAAAUCUGCCAGCUACGCGUGCGAGGCAACAUCGGCAAUUCGAACAGUCGCAUCCUUGACUAGAGAAGCGGAUGUCUGCGGUAGCUACCACAACCAAUUGGCAGCCCAAGCUAAGAAGAGUCUGGUUUCCGUUCUCAAAUCAUCAUUGCUGUAUGCUGCCUCGCAGUCCAUGAUGAUGUUCUGCAUUGCCCUUGGAUUCUGGUACGGCGGUACAUUGCUAGGCAGCAAGGAGUACAGCAUGUUCCAAUUCUUCGUUGUUUUCAUGGAGAUUACAUUUGGCGCGCAGUCUGCGGGAACUGUCUUCUCUUUCGCGCCCGACAUGGGCAAGGCCAAGUCCGCCGCUGCGGAAUUCAAGAGACUCUUCGAUAGAAAGCCAGUUAUCGACACUUGGUCGAAGGAAGGUGAUGUGGUGGAUUCAGUUGAGGGCACCAUUGAGUUCCGCGACGUGCAUUUCAGGUAUCCCACCCGGCCUGAACAACCUGUUCUUCGCGGCCUAAACCUGACCGUUAAACCUGGCCAGUACGUCGCCUUGGUGGGAGCUAGCGGUUGCGGGAAGAGUACUACGAUUGCCCUUCUUGAGCGCUUUUAUGAUCCGCUGGCUGGCGGUGUAUAUGUCGAUGGCAAGGAUAUCACGAGGUUGAAUGUCAACUCCUAUCGAAGUUUCUUGUCUCUCGUCAGCCAGGAACCCACUCUCUACCAGGGCACGAUCCGCGAUAAUAUCCUGCUCGGCGUCGAUGCUGAGGAUAUGCCCGAUGAAGAAAUCACGCGGGCUUGCAGAGCUGCCAAUAUCUAUGAUUUCAUCAUGUCUCUUCCUGACGGCUUUUCCACCGUCGUGGGCAGCAAAGGCAGCAUGUUAUCCGGCGGUCAAAAGCAGCGCAUCGCCAUCGCCCGCGCCCUCAUCCGCGAUCCCAAAAUCCUGCUCCUCGACGAAGCCACAUCAGCCCUCGACUCGGAGUCCGAAAAGGUCGUGCAGGCAGCGUUGGACGCGGCAGCAAAGGGCCGCACGACGAUCGCUGUCGCCCAUCGUCUCAGCACCAUCCAGAAAGCCGAUGUCAUCUAUGUCAUUGAUCAGGGACGGGUUGUGGAGAGCGGCACGCAUAAUGAGUUGUUGGUGAAUAAGGGGAGGUAUUUCGAGUUGGUGAGUUUGCAGAGUUUGGGGAAGACUCAGUAAUUUCCUCUUUUGUUUUCUUGUUUCUUCCUUCCUUUUUUUCUUUUCUUUUCUUUUCUUUUCUUUUUUUUCCCCCAAAGUGGUUUAUUUAGAUUUUUCUUCGGAUCUGAGCUCCUAUGAGAAAGAUAGGGGGGUGGGAGAGAAGGGAGAGGACAGGAGAAGAGUAUUUAUUUUCAUUUCACCAUUUACCUGUGUUUCUAUUAUCUUUUUUCAUUUAUCACACCUCCUUCCUGCUCUGGUGGUACUAAAACUUAUUCCCGAUGAUUCUCUGUGUGCCCAUUCAUAUAUAUGACUACCAAUUAUAGGGAUUCCUUGUUGUGUAUGUUAUUACUAUCCCCUUCUCCCCUCCUCAUAUUUUCCCCACUCUACUCCUGCAUCUGCGCCCCUGGAUGAUGUCCCGCGUUUUGGGUUUGCUCCCAGCUUGUCCUCCUUCUAUCUCAUCCUACCAGACAAAACCUCGCUGCCACAUAUUUUCCCUGCUUUGGUUAGCGAUAUAUAUGUAAUAUUCCCUUGUGUUUUGUUUUAUUUGGUUUCCUCUCAUGUUAUUAUUUUCUUUUUUCUUCUUUUUAUAUUGUUUAACAGAAAUUUUCUUUUUUGUUAAACUGGUCCUUUAACUGGAUAACUCUACAUGUAAUUGUGUAUAUAGAAAUAGACAAAAAAAAAGUUUUGUCUUACAUACAUACUUUUUCUCUUGCCUUUGUUUUAUCUCACUUGAAUAAAAUAAUCAAAAAAUUUCUAGAAAUAUUACUCAACUUCCUCCACUGAAAGCCAUUGGGCUCUACGGUCAGAACUUCAUAACUAGUUAACUAGUUAGCUACCGAUUCCCUAAUGAUCUGUAAACAUGUCCUGCUGGGAUGGACCGGCGCGGAUACAUUAAAAAGAAAUUUUAACUGGAGCGGUAAAAACGCUCUCCGCCCAAGUUCUGGCUUGCUGGUUCGUUAGGUAUCACUGAGGUGCUUGAGGAUGAGAUAGUAAAAUGCACGGAGGGGCUUUCUUUCUUUCUUUCUGUCUUUCUUUUCUUUUCGUUUUUUAGCUACUUUCAGCCUGAAUCAUAUCCCCGCCCUGAGCGCAAACGAGGUUAUGUCUCCAGCUGAUCAACUCAGCUACUGGGAAGCGUACCUAUAUAUAAAUCUACCGAGAUUUCCUUAGGAUGGCACGUAGCUACAGUAAGAACUUACUUAGUCAAAAGUAAGCAGACUAAGAUGCUGGUGGGGGGUCUCCUGUAUUGUCUCUGACUGG